AUGUCGGACAAGACGACGCCUAAUCCGGAACUCAGUAAGUGCAGUCCAGCUUUGCUGCUUCACCUGGUGCAGCUGAAACGACACGAGCCAAGUCUUUUGCGUCCCGUGGCGCUUGAAUCGUCGCACGCUCCUGAAACUCAGGUCGAGUACAGCACUGUAACUGUUUGGCAGUCGUGCACCUGCGAAUUUCAGGAGCUCGCUCGCUGGCAAACGAGCUCCGAGUCAAAUCAUCACUCUCCUCACGCCACACUCGAGCUUCGGCCGUCGAACGAUCACGUCUCGAUGGUCGCCGCUAUGCGUCGUCAAACCUUCUGUGGCAAGUCGCACCUGCACCACGUCAAGAGCCAGCGAUCAAGUCUCUCCAAGCUGGACGACGAGGACCAACCCGAGGUGUUACUCUCUAGCUCCCGAGCUGCACGUACCAUCCGGACGCGCCACGAGAGUGCCAUCUUUACGGACCAACAGUGCUCCUCGACUUUCCAGACGCACCGUCACCGGAAUCGCCUUCAACCGACGGCUUCCUUCUCCUCCUCCUCAACAUCGUCUUCCUCCUUACCGUUCGGACCCUCGACAGCGUCAUUGCAUCGAAAACCGCACGAAGCUGAAGACCUUGUUACGGGAGCUCUAGUUCACGCUCAAGCAGCUACAGUAGACGUGUUCCUCAUGAGCGCGUCGGCUCCUGCUGCAAUAGGCUGCACUACCGUACCAUUGGACGUCGUCUUUGACACGACGAGGGAGUGCGAGUGCCAGAUCUGCUUCGACAAGCUGGACACGCUCCAGGCUCAUGUCUGCACUUCUUGCUGCGGAUCGUUCUGUGCCAGUUGCACGCGCUGGUACGUUGAGUACAAGGUACAGGAAGGCGAAGUCUCGGAAAAGAAGAUGGUGUGUCCAGCGCCGCAAUGCACGCGUCCAUUGGCCCAGGAGCUCAUUCAAGCUGCAGUGUCACCUGAAACAUUUGCCAAGUACGAGACGUUCCUUGCAAACCAGCGAGUUGGCAUCCGCUUUUGUCCCCGUGCUGGUUGUUGCGCUGUCUUGGAAGAACCGCUCAACUCAUCAACGCGUCGAAUCAAGUGCCAGGCCUGCAAGCACGAGUCGUGUAUGCGUUGCGGUGGCGAUUUUCACAAGCUCCCGACCUGUCGUCGCGUGGACAAGCGGUUUGGCCACUGGAAAAAGCGCCACAACGUGCGCGGAUGUCCUGGUUGCAAGGCUGCGAUUGAAAAGCAAGGCGGCUGCUCGCACAUGAAAUGCUUCCAGUGCGACCAAGAGUUCUGCUGGUCUUGUCUUCGUCCAUGGACCAACCACGACGAGACGCUGUGUGUACCGCUGCGUUUUCUGCGCUCCGAGAGUCCCAAGUUUGGAUGCUGGACACCCAUGCGGGUCGUCACAAAGACAGCGAUUCUAGGUGUCGCUGCGGUCGCGGCAGUUGCUGGUGCAGGACUUGCUGUCGUGGUGCUACCUCCUGUGCUAGGGUAUCAGUACGCAAAGGACUCGUAUCGACGUCACAAGUACGUCAGGUCAUCGUACCUUCGAGCAGUCGAGCAGGAUGCAGAUAUCUCCACGAAUUGGCGAGGACCGGCUAAUCAAACAGACGUAGAGCAACGUCCAGCAUGUAUGGGUCCACAAGAGCGUCUCGAAGUUGCUGCUGUCUGUAUAGCCCUGCAAGAGGAGCAGUUUUAG